GGAGACACCAAAUCAAAAUGAAAUUGAGCGGGAAGCAAAUCGGAUCAUGCUCUGUUGAAGCACUAGUUUCUGAAUUUCUGAUUCCGAAGAAGAAGAAAACACAAGAAAAUUUCUCUAUCUCCGAAUUUCUCUUUGAAUCUGAAAAUCAUCAGAGAUUUCAGAAGAAACUGGAGAGAAAAUCAAGUUUGAGUAGAGAGUAUUAAUAGUAGCAGAUCAUCGAGCAUACUAUCAAACUCCCCCCCCCUCUCUCUCUCUCUCUGCGGCAUUUCGUCGAACACAUGGCCAGAUCCAAACGCCGCGGACGAAAUCGCCGUCAACCCUCCUAUGCAGAAGCAGCCUCACAAGCAACCCCUGGAACGAGAUCGCAGACGCGUGCAAGAAGAAUGAGGAAUGCUCCUUCGAGUUCAAGAGAGGAGCCAAGGCAGGCAAAACGCCACCGCUAUAAGCCGGGUACAGUGGCUCUUCGUGAGAUUCGGUUUUACCAGAAGACCUGUAAGCUUAUCAUUCCAGCUGCUCCUUUUAUUAGAACUGUGAGAGAGAUUAGCAAUUUUUUUGCCCCACAAAUCAUUCGGUGGACAGCUGAAGCUUUAGUGGCAAUUCAAGAGGCAGCAGAGGAUUAUUUGGUUCAUUUGUUUGAAGAUGCAAUGCUCUGUGCAAUCCAUGCAAAGCGUGUCACACUUAUGAAAAAAGACUGGGAGCUGGCUCGUCGGCUUGGAGGAAAAGGGCAACCUUGGUGAAAGCAUCUGACGGUGGUGAUUUCACCAAUUAUGGAAUCUGCUAUACCUUUCCUAUUGUAAUUGGCUUGUGAAGUAGUAGUUAACAACCCUAACCCUAUUUAGAUUCAGUUACUUGUGCUGUAGCUUGCCCCCCAAAAUUUACAGGCUGUGUAAUGAACUUUGAAUCAUCUGAUACAUUGAUUUUAUCCUCCGGUGAAGAUAGAUCUUAGUUGUGCUACGAUAAACAAGCUUUUACUGUAAACUGUUUAGAUAAUCUGUCAGUUUGAUUGGGGUGUUGGGGCAUGUAAGAUCAUUUUUUCCCCUCUUCAUAUAUGCAAAUUCUUUUUCUUUAUUUA